AUGUUAUCACAAUUUUUUAUCGCUCUUCUAUUAAUUUUUACUUUAUGUAAUACUACUAUUCAAUUUGAAUGUGAAUACAAUUCAACGACUUAUCCGAUUGAUGCUGAAUGGACAUUAUUUGAUUCUUGUCAAACAUGUAAAUGUUUAUCGAAUAAAAUUAUUAUUUGUCGAAAUCGAACAUGUCAAAUGCCAACAGACUGUCCCAUGGCUGAACAAUUAACACUACAAGUAGAUAGUUGCUGUCCAAAAUGUUCUCCUAUUCGACGUUCUUGCCUCUAUGAAAAUACGGCAAUACUUCAUAAUACUGUAUUCUAUCCCAAAUCAUGUCUUCAAUGUCGUUGUCGAGAUGGUCAAUUGUUUUGUGAUGAUAUUUGCCGCCAAUCCAUCUUACAAAACAAAUGUUCAUUUGAUAAUGAACUGUAUGAAAUAAAUAAAAUUUGGUCGCCCUUAUCAUGCGUCAUAUGUCAAUGUAGAGAGAUAUCAACAAAUCAAAAUUUAUCUUCUGUUUGUUAUAUUAAACAAUGUCCUACAAUAAACAAUUGUCUUGGCUCUCUUGAAUUCAUUCCUGGUCAAUGUUGUCCAGUAUGUCAAACGAAAAUUUGUCGUGACACCAAUGGUGUUAUUUAUCAAAAUGGUGAUGUCUGGACAAAAAACAACAUUUGUAUACAUUGUACGUGUAGAGAUGGCUCGAUUGUAUGUUCAGAAGAAAUUUGUCCAAACUUACAAUGUAAAGCGAAUGAAAAAGUGAUUCGUUUACCUAAUAGUUGUUGUGCAAUAUGUAGCAAUCGACAUGUGUGCCGAUUUUAUGGUAAUAAUGGUUAUCAGGUCUAUUAUGAAUAUGAUAUUUGGUAUACAUCAGCAUGUCAAUAUUGUACAUGUCGACGACAUAAUCGUAUUGUAUGUAAAAGUAUUCAAUGUGAACAUCAAUUUUGUCUUGAGAAUGAAAUUCAAGAAUCAAAAUCCGAUAGUUGUUGUGUAUCAUGUCGAAAAACUAAACAAUGCGAUAUAAAUGGUCAUAUCAUUACAGAAGGAUCCUAUCAUCACAUUGAUAAUUGUACCAUAUGCACAUGUACAUCAGAACGUCAACCGGAAUGCUAUUCAAAUUGUAAACAAAAUGGUUAUGUAGCUAUUUCAUUGCCAGCAUCAGGUCUACAUCGCAAUCAUACAAUUACAGUUACUGAUAGUUUAGCAACGAUCAUAGCUUAUUCAAAAUCUGGCACAAUUCUACCUUCGUCACAGAGUCAUUCUUUACUAUUUCAAUUUUCUUCGUCUAUAACAACCCAAUCGAAUGCAGCUGUUCUAUUAGGCAUUAUUCAUAAUUCAACUGGUCAAAUAUCAUAUCGUCUGAUUCUUGUUGAUUUCGAUUCAACUCAGAACAAUACAAAAAAUAAUCAAAGUCUCUCAGAUGAAUUACGUCUUUGGAUGCCAAUAACAGUAUCUACUGAACGACCAAUCAGAUCACCCAUUACAUUAAUCGAAGAAGAUAAAAAUUAUGAUCAAAUUAUUUUAAUUUUGCUUAUUAUUUUAUUGUCAUUUAUUUGUUUUGUAUUAAUUCUAAUCAUCGUUUUCUUAUGUUAUCGACGACAGCAAAAAUCCAUUGAAAGUGGAGUUUAUCAAAAGAAUUUUAAACGUGAAAAUUCAUCAGUAUCAAUAGUGGAAAAAUUUCAUGCACCUGAUUUAACAACGAAAGUGACACUUCUCACACAUUUUCAUGUAUCGGAUGAUGAUCUAGGAACUGAUGUGUAA